AUGUUUGAGCUACCAGAUGCCAAGCGAGUAAGAAGGGAGGAGCUGUACGAUUCAUCCUCCGACAGGCAUUCCAGCCCAGAGCGGAAAGACGAGGAGGACGCGAAACUGCGGGCGGAGCUGAAUGCGCGCCUGUCAAACCUGUUGUCCCUGGACUUGGGCGCUUCCGCCGCCGCCGCCCCAGUACCAGUCGAAUCGGAAACAAGCACCAAUGAACUCCAUCCGGCAAACAGCGAAGGCCAGGAAUCAGAAGCGGAAGCAGAGUUUGAGUUCCGCCUUUUCUCCUCGGCACCCCCACAAAAGGUAGCGCUGGCCCCAGAUGCAGGGUCGGCCAAGUACGACGGCCCGGCCGUCUCCCAACGGCCACUCUCGCACUACAUACGCGGGGAGCUAUCGCCCCACGAGAGGGAGCAGCUUCGGUAUGCUGCGGUGACGGGGCAGGAUGUGCUCGCGUGGGCGAGGCAGCGAGCUUGGGGGUUGGAGGUGCCUUGGCGGGUGACCAAGAUCACGGUGGCGGUGACUGGGAAAGGCGCAAGGGUGGAUGAGCAGAAGCGCACCGAGGACGCCGCCUCCGCGGGGGAAAAGAAGAAAAAGCGACCCGGGAAAAAGCGGAGGAUCGUGCUGCGGAAGAGGGAGAAGGCAGAGAAGGCGAAGAAGGAGGCGCUGGAGAGACAGAAGAUGAGCAAGGAGGAGCACUUAAGGGAGAAGAAGAAGCGGCUGAAUCACCAGAAGAAGUUGAGGAGGAGGCAGAAGGAGAAGGAGAAGAAACUAGCCGCCAAGGCUGUUACAGGGGGCUCGGAAGUGGCGUCUACUCGAGCGUCUACACCAGGGUCCGAAUCGGGGAGUGAUGGACUGGAAUGA